AUGCCCCCAAAGUACAGCUAUCAAAUGGCAACAGAAGCGCAUAUCCGCAGCAUUUCAACAGAGCACAGCGAAGAUAUCGCUGUGUCCGCAGAAGUUAGGGCCAACGCAAAGGUCAAAGCGGAAGAGUGUUCAAGGUGUGGACUGCCACUCUUCUAUCAGUCCCAGCCGAAGAACGCUCCUGUGACCUUCAUCGUGGAUGGAGCAGUGGUCAAGUUUGGCCAGGGUUUUGGCAAAACAAAUAUCUAUACCCAGAAACAGGAGCCUCCUAAGAAGGUGAUGAUGACCAAACGGACGAAAGACAUGGGCAAGUUCAGCUCUGUCACGGUGUCUACGAUUGACGAAGAGGAAGAGGAGAUCGAGGCUAGAGAAGUCGCUGACUCGUACGCGCAGAAUGCCAAGGUCAUUGAAAAGCAGCUGGAGCGCAAAGGCAUGAGCAAAAGGCGGCUGCAGGAGCUGGCUGAACUGGAAGCCAAGAAAGCGAAAAUGAAGGGGACCUUGAUUGAUAACCAGUUCAAAUGAUCAGGACCUUUCUCUCAACCCACACUGGAGAUCACGAGGAAAAAGAACUUUUUCUUGAUUGCAUGGACUGCUGUCUACCUUUUUGCCCCCGCAGAAGGCUUUCCAUUGCUUUCCAUUGAUUUCUCCUACCUUCAGUGAGGUCUUUGAGUCCAUCUGACCUGCUUUCUAGAGAUGGGGUUUUUUUUUCACCAAAUCUUUCUGUAUAUAGGUCCUCUGUACUAUUUUUGGUCCAUUUGAUAUAAACUUCUUCAGCUGUGUAGAAACUCUCUGAAUACAUCAGUGCUUGAGAGUCUCCAGUUUCUAAAGUAGCUGUUCUUAUACCUUCUUCAAAGUUAAUAAAAUCUUAAAAGAUUUUUGAAAAAGA